AUUCAUUCAAUCUUGCAUACAUUUAUUUUAUACAGUGACGUUUAAAUGUUUUACGCUUUAAAUUAAUGAAAUUAUCAACCAGCAGCGUCAUAAUAAAACAUUUUAACGGAGUAUAAUAUACCUAAUCGGUGUAAAACAAUAUAUAUAUCAUGGUGGGGGCGAGGGAGGUGAGCGUAAAGCCCGAGACGCCGCCGGCCUGCCGCCACGGCCGCCGUUGAGGUCAGUCACGGUUUGGCGUUAUGAAUGCAUGCACGGCGAACGCCUCAGCACCACCGCCGCUGUCGCCGUAUCGUCGCCGUCGUUGUUAUAACAGUCGGUUCCGUCUUCGGCCGUCGACAUCGCCGCUGCGACGGAUCAACGGUAAGCGACCGUGCAGGUUAGCGUACAGGUAUUGCGGACGCUGGCCACAACGAUGGCCGCGAACGGCGGAGGGCUGAACGUACCGUACGCCGUUCUCGAGGGCCUGGUGGCCGUCGGGGCGACCGUCGGGAACGGGUUGGUUAUCGUGGCCUUUCGGCGGGAACGACGACUCCGCCGGCGCACCAACUAUUACAUCGUGUCGCUAGCGGUCGCCGACCUGUUGGUCGGUCUGGUGGGCAUACCGUGCGCCGUGAUGUCUAGCGUCGGUCUGCCCCGUCAUCUGCACCUGUGCAUGUUCUCGGUGUCGCUUAUAAUCGUCCUGUGCACCGUAUCCAUACUCAGCCUAGUGGCCGUGUCCGCCGACCGUUACUGGGCCAUACUUUACCCGAUGGCCUACUCUACGAACUCGAACACCAAAAUCGCAAUCAGUAUAAUAUGUAUUUGCUGGAUAAUGGGUCUGCUGAUAGGCUUCUUGCCACUAAUGGGCUGGAGAGCCGCCAAAGGUCCAUCAUUGGACGCAUGCGAAUUCAGUCUCGUAAUGGAUUAUAGUUACUUGGUGUUUUUAUACUUCGCGACUAUUAUUUUACCUGCUCUAUUUAUGGCCACCUCCUAUGCUCAUAUUUAUACGGUCGUAAUAAAACAAAUCAAACAAAUGACGCUGCUGAACGGCGGCCAACGCGGUGGCAACAGCCCAACGAAACUGCGUGUACUGGGCGCGGCCCGGAAAAGCGAGGUGAAGGCCACGCAGAACCUAUCGAUAAUCGUCGCGUUCUUCGCCGUCUGCUGGAUGCCGCUGUACACCAUCAACUGCGUGCAGGCGUUCUGUGACGAUUGCCCCGUGCCCGCGUCGCUCAUGCACGGCUGUAUCGUACUAUCACAUCUCAACUCGGCCGGCAACCCGCUGCUGUACGCGUACCACCUGAAGGACUUCCGGAACGCGUUCAAGUCGCUGCUGCUGUGCAAGAAGAGCUCGCGGCAUCGGAACCCCGCGCAGUCCCGAUCCGGAUGUACCACCAUCGCUGCCGUGACCGGCGGUGGUUGUGGUACCGGAACUGGUGUCAACGGUACCGAUUGUUCCGUCAGCUCGUCGCUGACGUGUUCGGGCGGUUCGUCCCGAUCGACCAUCGUCGAAUGUUGGCGCCGACCCGCCAAAAAUGCCAAAUCUACCGCCGACACAGCAUCGUGUGUAGGAGACACGCGAUCUCCCACCGAACAGGAUCACCGCGAGAUUGUCGCGAUUGUAAUCGACCGGUCCGUGCCUGUGUUGCUGUCUGUCCGUCAGCUCGUCGAGUGAAAACCACUCGGCGCUCGUAUAUAACAAUAAUAUGACUACAGAUUUAGACACGGUAUACCUACAUAUUGUAUCGUUAUCGUUAUAAAUUAAUAUUAUUAUACGCUGCUGACAAGAACGUA